CGCGCGCGGACCUCCCAGAAUGCAUUGCGGCUGCUAGUGCGGUUAGCCUGCGCUGACCUGUGAACAUCGGCGUUUUACACACGGCGUCAGGUUUUCUUCAGUUUUAUAGUUUGUCUUAAGCGAUAUGCCUCCGAAAAAGCCAGCUCCAGCUGGAGGAAAUAAGAAGACCCAAGAGAAGAAAAAAGAGAAGAUCAUUGAGGAUAAAACAUUUGGACUGAAAAAUAAAAAGGGAGCUAAACAACAGAAGUUUAUCAAAGCUGUGACACAGCAGGUCAAGUAUGGACAGCAGAAUCCACGGCAGGUUGCUGCUGCUGAAGCUGAAAAGAACAAAAAGAAGGAUGACAAGAAGAAGGAGUUGAACGAGUUGAAUGAGCUCUUUAAGCCAGUGGUGGCAGCUCAGAAAGUCAGCAAAGGUGUUGAUCCCAAGUCUGUGCUGUGUGCUUUCUUUAAGCAAGGCCAGUGUACCAAAGGUGAUAAGUGUAAAUUCUCUCAUGACCUUACCUUGGAGAGGAAAUGUGAGAAAAGAAGCUUGUAUGUGGAUGGCAGAGAUGAAGAUCUGGAGAAAGACACCAUGGAUACUUGGGAUGAAAAGAAACUUGAGGAGGUGGUGAACAAGAAACAUGGAGAAGCUGAAAAGAAGAAAGCAAAGACCCAAAUUGUGUGCAAGUAUUUCCUUGAUGCUAUCGAAAACAACAAAUACGGCUGGUUUUGGGUUUGUCCUGGUGGAGGUGACAACUGUAUGUACCGUCACGCUCUUCCUGUGGGCUUCGUUCUGAAGAAAGACAAAAAGAAAGAAGAGAAGAAUGAGGAGGAAAUCUCGCUGGAGGAUUUGAUAGAGACUGAGCGCUGUGCUCUUGGAGCAAAUGUCACCCGAAUUACUCUGGAAACAUUCUUGGCCUGGAAGAAAAGGAAAAAGCAAGAGAAACUGGCUAAAGCAGAGCAGGACAUGGAGAGAAAGAAAGCUGACUUCAAAGCUGGCAGAGCAUAUGGGGUCAGUGGAAGAGAAGUGUUUGAGUUCAGACCUGAGCUUGUUGACGAUGACGAUGAGGAGGCUGAUGAUACUAAAUAUUCUGAAGAUGAUGACACUGAGGUUUCUAACGGGAUGGAGGACACAGAGGAGGUUCAGGACAUUGACAUUGCUAGAUUUAUCCCUAAAGAAGUGGAUUAUGCAGGUAUAACGGUGGCAUCAGCAGACCGGUUUACUGCCAAAGCUCCUACAACAAAUGACACGGAUGACAAUAAAUUGAGCGAGGCAUCAGGCGGAGCUGUGGAGAACGGAGAGCUUGACCAGGACCAGACGCUGGAGGAUGGAGAAACCAAUGAGGAGGAGUCAGAGGCGGUGCCAGUAGAUGAGAACCUCUUCACCGGGGAGGAUCUAGACGAACUGGAGGAGGAGCUCAACACACUGGACCUGGACGAGUGAAGACUGGGACUGUUACAUCAUUCAUGAACUACACAUGGCUUGAUGUGAAAGACAAUAUUUUCACAAAUAGCUACCACCAGAAUUGCCAUGUCAGAAACCGCUCUGCCUGCAACAUGCACCCUCAUCACUUGAUGUCCUGGGACGCUACAGAAGAGACGGGAGUAGAUGUGGCUCUUGUUCUCUCUCUGAUGUAAUUUUUUUGUGCCCUUUUUCCAUUUUUUUAAAUUGCAGUCUACCCCAAAAGCACAGUCAGGUGAGGGUUUGGUUCUUCAGCAGGAACAUACUCCAAAAUUUAUUUAUGAGGCUGUUGAUUAUUUGAUAUUUCUGCAUUCUCUUUUGAAAGAUUUGAUUAAAUGAUUUUUGUAAGGAUAUGCGUAUAAAUUAAUCCAGCAUAAAUCAUUUUAAAACAUUCAAGCA